AUGUCAAGAAUUAUUGGGUUAAUGUCUGGAAGUUCAUUAGAUGGACUAGAUAUUGUGGAUGUUGAAUUUGUUGAAAAGAAUAAUAAUUGGACGUUUGUAAUUCAUCAUGCUUUAACUAUUCCAUAUACUGAUGAAUGGUAUGAAAAAUUAUCGAAUGCAAUGAAUUUAGAUACUCGUUCUUACUUGUUAUUGACUACAUCUUAUGGUUCUUAUAUUGGUGAUUGUAUAAAUGAAUUUAUAAAACAAUUUUCUAUCAAUAAAUCGGAUAUUGAUUUAAUUUGUUCACAUGGUCACACUGUUUAUCAUGAACCAUCGAAUAGAAUGACAUCACAAAUUGGAGAUGGUGCAUCAAUUGUUGCUCGUACAAAUCUAAGAGUUGUCAAUGAUUUACGUUCAAUGGAUGUUGCUUUAGGUGGACAGGGUGCACCGAUAGUUCCUAUUGGUGAAAAGUAUUUAUUCUCAAAUUAUCGUUUAUUACUAAAUAUUGGCGGUAUAACAAAUAUAUCUGUACAAAAUAAAGAUGGAAAAUAUAUUGCAUUUGAUAUUUGUCCUGCUAAUCGAAUUUUAAAUAAAUUAGCUAAAAAUCAAGAUGAAACAUACAAAUACGAUGAUAGAGGCAAAUUAGCAUCUAGUGGAGUAAUUAAUCAAAAUUUACUAAAUGAUCUUAAUCAAUUGGAUUAUUAUAAAAAAUCAUAUCCAAAAUCAUUGUCAAAUUCAUUUGGUUUAGAUACUGUGUACCCAAUAAUAGAAAACUAUGCACAAAUGAAAACGAAUGAUAAACUUGCUACUUAUAAUGAACACAUUGUUGUUCAAAUAAUAAAUGCGAUACAAAUGGUAUAUGAAAAUGAAAAUGAGAAUUUUAAUAAUUGUAAACUACUAAUCACAGGUGGUGGAGGACAUAACGAUUUUCUGAUCGAAAGGCUUAUCGAAGAAUUAAAACGUUCAUUUAUGAUUCAAGUUUAUUUACCAGAAGCAAAUGUUAUUGAUUAUAAAGAAGCACUUAUAAUGGCUUUUAUUGGAUUGCUACGACUACAAAAUAAGCCCAAUAUUUUAGCCUCUGUUACUGGUGCAGAACAUGAUAGUGUUGGUGGUUCUCUUUGGAGUGUUUGA